AUAAGGGCUGUAGCUGCUUCAACGCGCUUUUCAUGUUUGUCGCGUCAGCGGUGGGUGGGAUAUUUUCCAGGCGCAUUGCGACGCCGAUCCCGAGUUUCUCUUAAUCAUUAUACCCCGGCGGUGAUUACAACGCUAACACCAUUCCCACUGCAUUUUCCGUCAUCAACAUCUUGCCUACCAUGUCGUUCAAUGCAGGCAACAUCUCCAAAGCCGACGCGGCAGCCUAUUCGUCCUCUGACUCCGAUGAAAACGACGACGAUGACUUCGCGAUACCGUCUGUCGAUCCUCGAGCCGACGACUUCGGCGACUUUAACCCGCGUAAGAAACGACGAACCGGCGGCAAUGCGAAAGAGAGCGCUGCUCUUGGCAUCUUUGCCUCGGAUAGUGAAGACGAUGGACCAGGCCGUAGGUGGAAGGGAAAGCAAAAUCUGAGGAGCAAGAACAUGGCUUUCGUGUCUGCGGGUCAAAUGAAAUUGGAUGAGAACGAGGACGACGAAGAAGAUGGGGAAGACGACGAGUAUACAGACACCGGCCGCCCCGGUCUCGGUGCUAAGCUGACUGUCACUGUCGAAAAAGAAGAAGAUGACGAUGAUGAGGACGAAGAUGAGAGUAUGGCUGGAGUUGGGCUAGGGUUUCGACAGUCCGGGCAAGGUCUGGGCUGGGCGCCGCCUACAGAAACCGAAAACACCACAUCCGCGAGCACGCCGAGCAAACCCGCUUUUAGGACAACAGGCUCAUUCAAGACAAAGUAUGAUGGGAGCACACCACUGGGCAAAGGCUUCGUGCCAUCAUCUGCGAAUGUACCCGUGCUCAAGGAUGACCUUGAGGAUGACACGCCUGUUAUUAAACCCAAGCCCAGUGCCUUUGGAGGCGGUGGGAAGGCUAAAUCAUUUGCAGCUCGCAUGAUGGAGAAGAUGGGUUAUGUCGGAGGCAAAGGUCUGGGUGCCGAGGGUCAAGGACGUAAUGUCAUCAUCGAGCCAAAUCUGCGACCUCAGGGUGUGGGUCUUGGAGCUGUCAGGGAGAAGUCGCAGAAGGAACGUGACGAAGAGAAGCGACAAGCUCGUCUGCGAGGUGAGGAAAUCGUUGACUCCGACGAAGAGAAGAAGAAACGGAAACGAGACAGAAAGAAGCAGGGGCACGUCAGCAGCGCAGGGAGUGGCGCGAGCACACCGCGAAAACCCAAGACGAGGUACCUCACAGUCAGUGAUAUCAAGAAGGCAGCUCCCGGGCUGCAUAUUCCAGAUGCUUUUGCGCCUAUUUUGGACAUGACGGGACCGGGAAAAAAGAUGCUGACGUCGGGUUCUGGACUCUUGACCCCUACGACUGGCACGGAGGUUGUGGAACAGACUGAAGCACGUAAACUGGCUGGUCGAGCACAAAGAGAUCUCAGCGCCUUUGUCGAAGAAUGGAAAACCUUGGAGGAAAGAAAGGCAUGGCUGGGCAUGGAGACACAUCAACGACAGCAAGAGUUGGACGAAGUGCAAAAGGAAUUUGCGAGCCUCCAAAAGUUUGCUUCAGCCUUGGACGUGAUAUCUCAAGCCGCAAGAGACAAAGAGUGGGAUCCUAUUAUCAAAGGCUUGAAAGACGUAGAAGCUGCCGGGUCUUCUGAUGAUGAUUAUGCUGCCAUCGCAGUUGCGGCGAUACACCCCUUUAUGCGCGAUGCCGUCCAAGGAUGGUUGCCUAUGGAAGAUCCGAAGCUUGGGAACUUUGUAUCAGACCUGACGUCCAUCCGCGGUGUUCUUAGUUUGGACGAUAAGGUCAUUAAUGGAAAUGCCGUCGCAAAAUGGGACGAACACGAUAUCGAUGGCACGCAUCGGCACCACAAGAAAUCGACAACCCCCUACGAAAGUAUGAUUUACAAGCUAUUAUUUCCUAAACUCAUCACCACCAUCGCGACGCAGUGGGACGUGUAUGACUCAGCACCUCUUCUUGCUGUUUUUGACAAGUGGGAUUCUCUAUUGCCCGGUUUCGUUCGUACCCAGCUUCUCGACCAAGUUGUUAGGAGGCUAGACGAUGCAAUCAGCGCCUGGAAACCCAGAAAGAAACACCAACAACACCUGCCGCACCUUUGGCUCUUUCCAUGGUUUCAACAUCUGCCGACCCAUCACCUUGAUCCCAGAGGUACUGGUAUCGUGUCUGAUGUGCGCCGCAAGUUCCGUGCGCUUAUCGACGCAUGGGAUUUCGACAAAGGUGUUAUACCUGGACUCAAGCAAUGGAAGGAAAUAUUCCGCCCAUCCAAAAGUCAGGAUCAAUGGAAACCGCUUAUUAUGCAUCACGUCCUUCCCGCAAUGGCACGAUACCUGCGCACCAACUUUCGUGUUGAUCCCGGCGAUCAGGAGCCAUAUCUUCCUAUGCUGACAGGGGUGCUGAAGUGGAUGGAUGUCCUCGCACCAAGCAUGGUCGCUGAGGUCCUAGUGGCAGAAGUGUUUCCGAUGUGGCUCGAUGUGUUGUACCAGUGGCUUACGAGCGAUGAGGCAAACUACGAGGAGGUGGGUGCCUGGUUUGAGUGGUGGCAGAAUGAAGUUUUGGGAGACUUGAAGAGUAACGAGAGCAUUGCGGCCGAAUUCGAAAAGGGAAUGGCUUUGAUCGAACAGGCUCUGGAUCUCGGACCCAACGCCAAAUCUCGCCUGUCUGCUCCGAGGAAACAGCCCGCACACCAGCCGAAGCCAAGGUCUCACAGGGAUAAGGCUCAACGCAUCGAACAGCACAUGCCUACUGCACAGCCACCAGAACCCGUACAAAGGGAAAAGACAUUCAGAGACGAGAUCGAGGACUGGUGCAAUGAGAAUGAUCUACGCUUCAUCCCUACGCAUAAGUUUACCGAUACGGGUGAGAAGUACGUCCGCCUGACUGCGCGAAUGGAUGGAAAGGGUGGUGUGAUGGCGUACUUUAGGAAAAGCGAAACUGGCGAGGUGCUGGUCGUCGAAAGCAGGAAGACGAACAUGCAGUUAAGGAGAGAUGCACCUGUGGAUCGCGAGUUACUACUGGAGGUCUUGCUGAAGGAGGUUGAAUAGUGUGGACCCAACCGUAGCCGAUAGAAUGAACGUGGGCUGAUGAGGAGCACCUCUUGCACACCAUUUCGCAAAUACCAUCAUGAAACCAACAAACGUCAAGCAACCCUCACAGUUAAGAAGUGGUGCACACUGACUGG